UUCACAGCGUUCACAACGGUUCACAAUAAUUCACAUCAAUAAUCUUUCAAGUUUCAAUUAAUUCUAAACAUUAACAGCAUCCUUUUCGCAAAUUGUUGAAGAGAAUUACAUAUGCUGUGUGUCGUACAUUUCGCGUUAUCUGAUAUUACAGGUUUAAUUUUUUAACAAAAGUUUAUUUCUCAACCAAAAAAUUAAUUCCAUAAUAAUAAUCGAUCUACAACUAUGUGAAUAGUGUUUGAUUAAAACAGAAAAUUUUAAGUACAUUGCUCCAACCAUGGAGGUGUCACAUUCCUUGACGCUGAAUGAAACUGCAUUGCAGCAGUUACCAGAUGAUAAGAAGCCGCAUUUCAUAUUUGAAUGGCUGCGGUUUCUGGACAAGGUUCUGGUUGCUGCACAUAAGUCGGAUAUAAAGAACUGUCAGCAGAAACUAGUGGCACAGCUAGUUAAUCUUUUCCGAGAGAAUCUCGGUGCGCCAGCCCGUCGAGUACUGGCUAGAUGCCUCGCUACACUAUUCUCAGUUGGAGAUACAUUUCUACUGUUUGACACUGUCAAUAAGUGUAAUGAUAUCAUUAAAGUAAAGGAUGAUUCUCCAUCGUACUUGCCUACAAGACUUGCUGCUAUCUGUUGUUUGGGGAGUAUGUAUGAAAAGCUGGGUAGGAUGAUGGGACGGUCGUAUGAAGAGACAGUGUCGACCCUUGUACGAUCCCUGAAGAGUGCAGAAUCUCAAACGAGACUGGAGAUUAUGAUUACAUUAGAAAAGAUAUGUGUAGGCAUGGGUACAGCGGCUGGUAACGUAUUGCGGGAAGUGUCCCGCGCGGCUAGAGCGUCGCUUCUCAAUGAAAGGUCAUCCCCUGUACGUGCGGCGGCUGCUAACGCACUGCGUAGUAUGUUGCCAUUGCAAAAGUUGACGCCAGCUGAUGUGGAUGCUAUUGCUGCUGCGUGCUUAAGGGCGGCUCAUCCUAGUGAUUAUCAGCUGAGAUGUGCUGUAGCAGAACUGCUUGGUGCUCUUAUAGCCAUGACUCAAGCUGGUGAAGCGACAAAUCUGAACAAUAAGAAUAAAUUGGGAAUGCAAUCAGUACAACAAAACAAAAAAGAUCCACCCAAAAAUGUAGUAUCUUUGGAUGAAGCAUUGAAUUUGUUGAUGGGUGCAUUUUUGCGUGGCGGUACAUCCUUCUUAAAAGGAGAAAUAAUCAAGUCUGGUUCUGGAGUUAACAGAGAAGUGAGAGUUUGCGUGACUCAUGCCUAUGUGAUAUUUGUACAAAAUAUGGGUGGAGUGUGGUUGGAACGUAACAUGACUACGUUUUUAACUCAUGUGUUGGAUUUAGUGGCUAAUCCAAAAGCUGCGAGUUCUCAUGUAGAUGCGGUUUAUUCUAGGAAAUGCAUAAAUUACAUAUUACGGAAUACACUUGGUAAAAUGCUCGGAGAGAAAGCGCAGGCGUCCGCUUGCCGCGAAAUUAUACAAAUUGUCGCUAAACAAAUGAACAGCAUUGAUUUUAACCCAGAGAAUGCUAAGGAUUGUAAUCAGGAGACAUUAUUUAGUCAGCAUUUGUUGGUGUGUGCGUUGACGGAGGCAGGCGAGCUAUCGCUGCAACUGGGUACAUCGGUACACAAUCUUGUAUCUGAUUCAUCUUUGAAAAUGAUCGACACUAUAUUUACGGUACUAGAGCACCCGUGCGUCGCCGCACGACUAGCCGCAGCGGCUGCGGUGCGGUGCGUUUGCGAAGCGUUACCCGCACUCAUAACGCCGCUGUUGGACCGCGCAUGUGACGCACUAGAUGUGGCUAGACCCACGCCGCAUCACAUAUCGGGUUAUUCUGCAGCCCUAGCAGCAAUUUUAGGUGCUGUUCGAUCCUCCCCUCUCGGGGUACCACACGGGAGGGGUAAAAUCGCAUUCAACGCGGCAGAACAAUUGUUACGGUCGGCGGGACAGAGCAGUCGCCUUACAGCCGCAAGGACUAACGCUGGCUGGCUUAUUGUGGGCGCUAUUUGUACGCUCGGUGUGCCUGUUGUGCGUGGUUUGUUGCCGCGUAUGUUGUUGUUAUGGAGAAAUAGUUUCCCGAGAUCUGCCAAAGAAUUGGAAUCCGAAAAGGCGAGAGGGGAUGCCUUUACUUGGCAGGUGACGCUUGAAGGUCGUGCAGGUGCAUUAUCAGCGUUGCACAGUUUGCUGAUACAUUGUCCUUCGCUAGUGCACAAUGAUGAUACGGCCAAGCGAUUGUCUCAGCCUAUAGAUGGAGCGGUUGCUGUUCUUACUAAUGUCGGUGGCGUAGUCCGCAACUACGGCGGAGCACUAAAAGCCCCAGCAGCAUUACUUCGCCUGCGUUUAUAUCAAGCAUGCGGUGCGUUAGCAGCUGGUGCGCCUGCGCCGCCAUUACUGAGACUACUGGCUGCUGAGUUAGCGGGGUCUGCUGAUGCGAGUGGCGCCACUGUCGCUACUGGAAUGCUGAGGCACGCCAUGCAUCCACGCGAUACAAUACUGCUGGGUGAAGAGAGUUGGAUUUAUGAUACCGACCACGCGGAUAUUGAAGAACAGCUAAUAUCGCCGCUAAGUGCGAGCGGUUCGUGCGCACUGGAACACGACCCGUGCUGCCUGUACCGCUCGCUGCGAGGCGCGCAGCCGCUGGGCGUGGCGGUUAUAGAUGCGUCCGUUACGCUCUUCCCGCAGAUAUUCUCGAAAGCCGCUAAUAAACAUAGACAACAAAUGCUAGAACACUUUGCAGAAUGCAUCAAAAUGUCGAAGGGCACUCGUCAAGAGGCAAUACAAAUAAACGUUUACACUGCCUUGUUGCUGGCCUUGCGUACUCUCGCAGAAAUGAAAACUUCUCUGGGGCAAGAUGCUGUUAAGACCACGUGUACUGAGCUUAUUAUUUCUGGUCUAUCAGCGAACAGCGCUACAGUCCGCGCCGCAGCCGCUUCGUGCGUAGGCCGGCUGUGCGGCUGCGUGUCCGAAGCGGAGAGCCAAGCGCUCAGCGAGCGGGUGAUAGCGCUGGCGCGGAGCAGCGCUAACCGUCCAGCGCGCGCAGCCGCUGCAGCCGCUGUGGGCGCCGUGCACAGGGCGAGGGGCGCCACGACCAGCGCUGCAGCGCUGCCGGUGCUGCGGGCGCUCGCGCAGGACACGAGCGCGGUGGAUGUACAAGUGUGGGCGAUCCACGGGCUGUCCGUGGUGGUGGACGCGUCGGGGCCGAUGUUCCGCGGGCACGCGGAGUGGGCGGUGGGCGCGGCGCUGCGGCUGGCGCUGAGCGCGGCGGCCGCGCCCGCGCCGCUGCACCGCGCGCUCGCCCGGCUGCUCGCCGCGCUCAUCACCGCGCUGGGGCCCGAGCUGCAAGCGUGCAGCGGCGCGGUGGGCCGGUUCGUGUGCGCGUGCGCGGCGCUGCAGGAGAGCGGCGCGGGGGCGGGCGGCGCGCGGGCCGAGGCGGCCGGCUGCAUGCAGCAGCUGCAGAUGUUCGCGCCGCAGCACAUCACCGCGCACGCGCUCGUGCCCGCGCUCUGUCGUGACUUAUCCUCCCCGGAGCUAUCUGUUCGUCGCGCGGCGUUGUGUUGCCUCAGACAGCUGUCUCAGCGGGAAGCGGCUGAAGUGUGCAAAUACGCUAUGUUGGCUAAAGACCACGUGCCUGUUAAGCCGUAUUGUGGUGUAGUAAUAACAGAGACAGGAUUACCCGGGGCACUUUUCGCAUAUCUAGACACGGAAAGAGAUGAAAGUGCGAUAUCAUAUGCCCGGGAUACACUAACUUGCUGUUUGUUGGCCGCUGCCGCCAACGGCUCUGUGAAGGAGUGGCUCGCGUUGGCCAAACGAGUGCUCACUGUUAAACUUGAGGAUAGCCACAACCCAGACACCGACGAUCUUGAAGGCGAUGAUGAUCAAGCAGAAUUCCACGCGGAGUCAGAACAGUCGACUCAUCCGGCUGUUCAGCCAAGAUGGCCGACACGGGUAUUCGCAAUGGAGUGUAUUCAGAAAAUAAUGUCAGCUUGCGAGGCGACUGGUGAAGCGGCGCACUUCGAUCUUGUUAAAGCGAAAGAGAAGUUACAGAAAGAUCCUACAGGCGAUUAUCUCUCCCUACACCUAUCAGACUUGGUUCGUAUGGCAUUCGUCGGUGCGACAGGAGAGUCAGAUGCACUAAGACUAUGCGGGCUAAAAACACUGCAAAUGAUAAUACAGCAAUACGCGAGGGCCCCUGAACCAGACUUCCCGGGACAUUUGCUUAUGGAACAGUAUCAGGCUCAGGUGGGUGCAGCAGUACGUCCAGCAUUUGCAGGUGACACGGCCUCGCACGUGACAGCGGCCGCUUGUGACGUGUGCUCUGCGUGGAUUGGCUGCGGGGUUGCUAGGGAUAUUAAUGAUUUGCGCAGAGUCCAUCAACUACUAGUUUCCAGUUUGGAUAAAUUGAACAAGAAAGGAAACACGACACUGAUAUACAAUGAAAGUAUGGCGACAUUGGAAAAGUUAUCUAUUCUGAAGGCAUGGGCUGAAGUAUAUAUAGUAGCAAUGGUGAGCAACGACAGCGCUCCAGGCAGCUACGUGAAACAACUCGACACUAAACUGAUCAACAACAAGGUCGAAAUCGCAAAAUGGCGGAACCAAGUGAUGCAAAACAAUAACGAGAUAGAUAACGCUAUUAUUGACCAAGAAGAAGAUGACUAUGGUGAAUUUGAGUCGAAAGGAGAGAGUCUGUUGAAGUUGGUCGAACCAGAGUUGGAAAGUUUGAGCGAGAAUUGGCUGGCUGCGUUGAGGGAUCAUGCGUUGUUGAGUUUGCCGCCUGAGUUCGCGUCGCAGCUGCCGCACGGUGGCGGCGCGUUCUACGCAGCGGAGACGGCGGAGGCGUCCCGCGCGCACUACGCCACCGCCUGGCCCUCGCUGCUGUACGCCGCUGCGCUGCGGUACAACGCGCACUGUGCGGACACGCAUACACAUACUGAAAAUUCCGAUAACAAUGUUGACAACAAAACAAAUAAGACAGAAAAUGGAAACUUUGAAUUCUACGAACCAGUUGAUGAAAGAUUCCACCUUCUUUUUGGUAUAUGCAUGGAAGCACUAUGUGCACAACGCGACAUGAGCGUGGAAAAUACAAUAUCCGUGUUGUUGUCUCUAGUUACAUUACUAGAUGCACCUGAAAAUAGAGCUCGUCUUCUUAAAGACAGAGCGUUAGCAAUAGAAUUAUGUCAGAUUAUACAUCGCACUGGUUUAACACAAGAAAGCAUUGAGGCUUUGUUAUUGGCUGCGGAUGUUCUGCAAUUGGUCAUAGUUGGCGCUAGAGAGCAGUUGCAUGAGCAAAUGCAGCUGAAAAUUAAAGAAUUAGCGCCCAACGAUACGGAAGGUUCAAUCCCUCAAUCCGUACUAGAAGCAGUCCAUACACUCGGCGAAGGUGGACCUACCGGAGACCUACCUCCUGGGAAAUCUCUUGUAUUCGCGUGUCUAGAAGUUUGUCUAUGUCUUCUAGUGCGACGGUUACCAACCCUCAGCCCGUUGAAGCAAACAGGGCGAGUGGGGGUCAUAGGGGUUAGACGGGGGUUGGGGGUUCACGGGGAUACGCUAUUGGUGAAGAGCAUGAUGGCCAUGUCGGAGCUGACUUCGUUGACUAGUCCACAGGGCGCGCUGUCCGUGCUACCGAGCGUGCUGUACAUAGCGACAGAGGUGCUGCGUGUGAGCGGCGGCGACGGCGCGCUCAGCGACGCGGCCGUGCUCGUGCUGCAGCGGGCGGCUGAGUGCCGGCCUGCGCGGUUAACUGAUGAUGCACGGGCACAGCAUGAUAAGUUGCUGCAUACUACGCUGGCCAAGCUUGUGGAACGGGUUAAGACUGAGGACAGCGAGCAACGUAUAGAGAGCGUGUGCGGUGCUCGGGCUAUGUCCGCGUUACUUGCGCGUGCGCCGCCAUUGCCGCUCCUGCACUAUCCCUGCAUCAAUCAUUUGCGGCAUUGCCUGGAUACGCGUGAUAAUGAGAUAUUCGCGGCGUGCUGCGGCGUGGUCCGCGCGGUGUGGGGCGGGGGCACACCCACCGCUGCGGUGUCAUGGUGGGCGCGUGCUGUGGCCGCACGGCUGGCAGCUCGAGCAGCGGCUGCAGCACACGGGCCUGAUGCGGGGCUGGCCCGUGCUGCCACAGCUUCCGUGGCCGCGCUGUCGGAUCUGUUGAAGGUGGCGCCGAGUGAUGCGCAUGAUCCUCAUAAAGGUGUCCAAUUACUAUGGAUCCUUGUGCCCAUAGUAAUUUCGUAUUUGCGCGAAGGUAGCGCACUAACGAACGCGGCGCCGCACGUCCGCGCGCUGCACGAGUUCGCGCUCAACUGGCUCAUGAAGAUUGGCCCGCAGUACCCGCAGGAAUUCAAGACGAUCAUGCAGCAGUCCUCUGAGCUUCGUACUAAAUUGGAAAAUGCGGUAAAAGCAGGUCAAAAUGCUCGCGGUCAAACCGGCGCUCAGACGAGAACUGUGUUUGAAUCAAGACCAAACAAACCCGCUAUACAAUUGAAAACAGAUUUUAGUGACUUUAGAUAAAUAUAUUAAGAAAUAAUGAGGGAAAAAUUGAAACUAAACUUGAGAGUUUUAAAGGCGUGACGAUAUUUUUUUAAUUUUUGUGACUACAAUUCAAUUCUAUCAACUUCAAUUUUACGUGAUAAGGUUUUAGAUUACUCCCCCCAUAAUGACGACGAUUAGGACUUAUGGAAAUUAAGUAAAUACAUUUUUAAGUAUUAUCUAAAAAUUAUCGCAAUUCGUAAAAGUUGUGUACCCUCAUAGGAGGCCCGUGUCCCAGCAGUGGGAACGUAUAUUGGCUGAUGAUGAUGAUGAUGAUGAUGAAGAAGUUGUGUAAUGCAUUCUUUACAAAAAUAUAAAAGUACUCAAACAAAAUUAAUUUGCUAAAUGUGAGUGUUUUAUUAAAAACAAUCAUAUAACGUAACAGUAACGAUUACUCUGUAUUUUGUUAUUGGCAAAGUUAGAUCAAUUUUAAGACGUGGAAAUGACGUAAUUUUUUUCGUUAAUAACAAGUGGACACAAUAUAAAAUUGAGUUAAACUUUACUACUAUAUUUUAUUAUUUAAUAGUUUAAAAUUAAUAUACACAUUCUGGUCGUUUAAGUUACAUUAUAAUUAUGCACUUUAUGAUUUCUCGCCUUGGAAAAAAGUUAAAAUAGUUUUAGUUAUUAAUAAAUAAUUAUUUUAGUGUGUGUAAUCGAAAUGUUUCUCAUUAUUACUAUUGCAUUUUAUCAGUUAUUAUAAGCAAUAAUGUUCAAUUACACAAUUAUGUUAUUUUUAAAUCUUUA